AUUUCUUUUCCCAGUCCCGUUGAAUGGGUAACGUUAUGGAUUCUAAGAAUUUCAAGGUUCAUGAACAUAUGAAAUGCUGACAGGUAAAAGGUUGACAUUAAGGUGCUAGAUUGAUAACAAUGUAGAGGCUGUAUUACUGGUCUCAUGAUGUAGUAAAUAACAUGUGGUUACCUUGGACAUAGAGAAAUGGCACAAAAAUUGAAUGUUGUCAAUUGUCCAGCAUUACUGGCAGCUCAGAUAUCGGUGGCUGAUGAAGAUUUGUUUGGAAGUGGAGAGGAUGAUUCAGAUGAUCAGGACAAAGGCAAAUCUACUGAUGAGGUCUUAACCAAUGAACAAGUUCUUGAUGAGGUCUUUCAGCCAACCAAUGAACAGGUUCUGGAUGAAGUCUUUCAGCCAACCAAUGAAAAGGUUGUAAGGAAAUCAAUUGAUCAGGUUGAUGAAGUCUUCACUCAGACAAAUGAAGAUCAUGUGAUAGCGCCUGGAAAUGAUGAUGUAUUCAUGAGGAAUUCUGAUCAAGUGGUCCCUCAUUUUGACAGUCAAGAAAGUAGUGACGACAGUAACUCUAGUGCUCAACUCAGACGUGAGAUUUAUCACAGAUCACGGGAAUCUGACAACUUAGAAGACACAGGAAUUAGAAGAUCACUUAGUUUACCUGAUAUUGUUCCUAAAGGAUUAGAAAAUGAAACGGACAGUUUCAAAAGUCGUAGACAGAACUUGUCAGACAAUUCACCCGAUGUUGUCAGUUCAUCUUCCAACAAGUCAAGUACAGCUAGUUCUAACGAACCAGUGCAAUCAAUUGCCACCACCAAAGAACAAAUAUCAAUCUUACGACAGAAUAGCCAAAAAAAUCCUAAACUGUCACGGUCUGUCAGCUUCAGUUUAAAUGAGAAAAAAGAUGAAGACAAUUCUAUUGAAAGUAAAACUGAUGAUGACGACAGCUCCUGUGAUGCAGAUAGAAAGAGACGUGAGUUCCGAUCCAGUGGCUACGGUACAGGAGAUAGUGACAAGGCUAGCUCUGUUCAAUCUCAGCUCAGUCAGGGAUCGGUUUUUGAUGGGGGCAGUUUUAAUCAGGAUGGUUUAGAACAUGAGGAAAGCAAUACUGAACAUCAAGGAGCAAACAGUGAUAAAACAAGGAAAAGUUUUGAUGAACAGGGAACCAGUUUAGACCAUCAGAUAUCAGAUCAGAUUGAUGGUAGUUGUAAUCCUUGUAAAGAAGACAAUUUGGUUGGGUUGUUGAGUCCAAGUAGUAAUGAAUCUGACAGUGAAAAAAUAACUGUAAAAAGUGGAAACAAACACAAACAAUACGAUUUAAUACCAAACUUAAGUGCAAUAAGUCAAUCAUCAUUAACGAUAGACACACCUCCAAUUAAUGGUGGAUCUAAAGAUAGCCAUUCAGGCAGCAGUUCAUCAGUUCAGUCAACCAAUCAAAACAAACAAAGUCAACCAUCCAUUCAUAUCUCAUCUAGUGAGGAUAGUAAUUCAUCCAUACAAAUACCAAACUUUGAUGUAUUGUUAAAUGAAUGUCGGAACAGUUCUAGUGGAUCAUCUUCUGACACAUCAGACUCUCUCAAACAUGUACAGAAAAAAUACUGUAAAACACGAGACGAACUGAAAUCUCAAUCUCCACCAGCCUUUGCCACUUGCCUCCCCCAAUCACCCAUACAUGAAUCAGUAGAUACUGGUAUCUUCAGUAGAACCACAGCAUCAGAGACAGAUCAGAGUCACAUGAUGUCGUCAGGGGUGGAUUAUUUUGAUUAUAGAAGUUGUAAAGAUUAUAUGACAAGAGAGAUUCUACAGCAACAGAACAUCAGUGAGGAUCUCAAGUUGGAAUUAAUAGAAAGUCCUAUUACACCAAGUCCCAGGGAUUACACUUAUGUGAUACAGCCCAGAAUAACAUCAGACACUGUAGAGAAAUCAUCCAGGUGUAGGGAUGUACAUUGUAGUUUUAAAUUCUGUUUAAAGGUAAGAGAAGGUUUUAUAGGUCUGAAUCAUACUCUGGAUGGACAAUGGCCAUAUGGAUGCUGCCCUGAUGUCAAUGAUUUAUGUUAUAGUCUGGGUAAACAUUCAACAGCACCGUGUGAUGAGCUCAAGUGUGCAGUAAAAUGGUGUUACUUCCUGUCUGCCGAGUUUUCUGACCAGCCAAGAGGAGAGUUUGUAUACAGAGCUCUGAAGAGAUAUUAUGAUACCCCAGUAAUGUCAGCUACUGCAUUUCCUCCAAAUCUUAAACCUCAUAAGUUCUACAAGUUAGAUGAACACUACAGAAGAGAUCAUGCUAAAUAUGGUGAAACCAUGACAACCUUUGGUGACUUUGGCAACGUGUACAUGAUGGAUGAUUUAACAGUUAUUAAAAAGGUAAAAUUCCAGAACUAUGAUUUUGACAUUGACAAUACAGUAUAUAAGAAAUUGUUCAACAGACAACAUAAACACAUUGUAGAUCAUAUAUGGGCAGCUGUCUACAAUGAUAUAGAGGAAAUUCAUAUCUGUACCACAUUCUUUAGAGGAGGAACAUUAGAAGAUUUACUGCAGAGCAGAAUGUUAUUAAACCCUGUAAUUGUACAAGAAUACCUUCUACAAAUACUAGAUGCUGUAAUUUAUCUACAUGAUAAAUGUGGAAUUAUCUAUUUAUAUUGGACUACUUCCAAUAUGUUGUUCCUUGACCCCAUCAGAAAGCAUAUCCUGAUAUCAAACUUGUCUCUCUCUGUACCCAGUAAUACAGACUUUGAUGUUGGAUAUAUUAAGCAGUCAUUGCCUCCGUGUCUUACACCCCCAGAGAUAAUGAAUGGAGAUGACAGCUUAAAGUUAACUGGAGUGACAGACUGUUGGGGAUUAGGUUGUAUGACAUUGGAAAUGUUAAUAGGAAAACAGAUGUGGUAUAAUGAGAGACAUUACCAGAAAACUAAACUUAUAGAAAAGAUAAAAACUAAAGAUAUUAGUCCACAACAGUACAUUCAUAAACACAUAAUGCCUGGAAUUUUCCAUUCUGUAUUAACUAGAUGUUUUGAGUUUGAUGUAAGAAACAGGAUUGGUUGUGAAGAAUUACAGAAUCAACUUAAAAACUGGAAAUACAACUAAACAAAUGAAAGACAGAUGAAAUUAAGAACUAAAGUGUAACUUCCAACAAGACCUGGAAAUAUGUGAACAUGUAGCAAAAUGUCCCCAGUCUGAACAGUUAUAAGUGCCAUUAAUUGACCGGUGUCAUGUCUCAAGUUACUGAUUAGAAGUUUAUAAUAUGCAAACUGACCACCAAAUGACAUGUCUUUUCCUCGACAGUUUGUUGAAAUUAAUAUGCAGCACAUGCUAUCAUCCAAGAUAUCAUUUAAAAUGAAAUCUGUACUUCAUUACAGUAAUAUAUGUUUGACUGAUAUUAAAA